CCACAGUCAUUGUCACAUAACUUACUGAGAAGCUACUUAGUAGCAGCCCUUUAAUACAGAAAAGCACUGCGGACACUAGUUAGCUAAUAAUACAAGCAGUCAUGAUCGUGGAGCAGGUGAUCGAGGACACGCGCGACUUCCUAGAACACGACUAUAUGAUGGACAGCCCCAUGAACCUGACCUAUUUCUAUGGUGGCUCCCAUUCUCCGUACUCUGAUGUGGCAUCGUCCCCGACUCACUCCAUAUCCUCCGGUCCGGGCUCCCCUGAAUCUGACAGUGAGGGCAGUCUAAGUGCUUCUUGGCCCCAAGUCAAGAAAGCUGGCAAAAGCAGUGGGACAGGACGCCAUUCAAAAGGGAACUUCCAAGGAGUCCGAGUGAGAAAUCCUGUGAGAGAACUGCUUAAUCAGCUAAGAAACAAAGUUUGCAAUGGCCCAUUGGAUUUACAGCAACAUCAAAGCUACGAAUAUUACACUGAACUGAAGUCUAUAAUAAACAAAAAGCGGUCUAGUGAAUGCAUGUCGGAUGCACCAGAUGCAAAGAAACCUUGCCCCUUCCAAUCCAGUUCUUUUCUGACACCACCAAGUACCCCAAAGUCCUGUGACAAUAUGGAUGAACCUCCGAAGAGUGAGAGCGGUACAGAAUCAAAUGUGGAUCCGCUCCAGAGUAUAAUGAACCUAAAGCAUAAGUCCAAUCCAGUUUCCCUGAAUACAGUGCUAGUAAAUUGGAUGAAUACCCCAGAACAAUUCUAUCAGGAAGCGCCUGUAUCUCAAACCUUUUCACCACCUCCAGCCAAUCAGGCAUUCAGCAGCUGCUCUCCACAGCACAAUAAUGACCAGUACCAGUUUGGUUGUCGCCAAGUCCAAGAAAUUCCUCCACAGUGUCCUACAGAGUAUAACUACAGCCCUAUCCAGAAUUAUCCAGAAGCCAUGUGCUCAAAUGAUGCGCUCGAGAGUUGUGCCAUCGAGAGCUACCUGUCUCUUAUUGAAUCCCCACCUGAGAUGACAUCUCCAAACAUCUCUACAGAGCCAAAUAUGUCAACUGGGAAGUAUAGCCCACCACAAAACCUACCUGGUAACCAAUUUGUAGAUCAUCACAUGGCCCAAUCUUCUCCAAGUGUGUCCCCACCUUUGUGCCAGAUUGACGCAAACAGGUCAAGCCCAACGCAGAUUGGUAAAUCCUUCUUCCACUGGCAGAUUGAGCAAGAGGAAAAGAAAUUUGUCAAUGUUUCCAAUGAACAACUUCUCGCCAAAGACGCAGAUGGUGACACGUACCUUCACAUAGCAGUCGCACAAGGAAAACGAGCUCUGUCUUAUGUCCUGGCUUCCAAGAUGGCAGCCCUUAAUAUGCUGGAUGUUAAGGAGCGUAACAACCAGAGUGCUCUUCAGGUAGCUGUAGCUGCCAAUCACCAUCUGAUCGUACAAGACUUGAUUAGCCUUGGGGCCCAACUCAACACUACAGAUUACUGGGGAAGAACUCCGCUUCACGUCUGUGCUGCAAAAGGGUACUCGCAAGUUCUUCAGGCAAUUCAAAAAUGCAUUCUAGCAACCAAUCAAUAUAUUGAUGUGGACACAACCAAUUAUGAUGGUUUGACUCCUCUACACUGUGCAGUAGUUGCGCACAAUACAAUCGUCCAGCAACUGCAGAUGUAUCAACAAAACUGCUCUCCUGCUACAGAUGAACUGCUGGUGAAGAACAAGGCAAUGGUUGACACUGUUAAGGCAUUGCUGCAGAUGGGCGCUUCUGUUGAGGAAAAAGAUCGCAAAAGUGGACGCUGUGCCCUGCACUUAGCCUGUGAAGAGGCAAACCUUGAACUGAUGUGUAUAUUUUUAGAGAUGCCAAAUUGUCUACACUUCAUCAAUGCAAAGGCCUACAAUGGAAACACUGCAUUGCAUAUUGCUGCAAGUUUGCAACACAGAAGAGCUCAUGUUGGAGCAGUAAAGCUUUUGAUGAGAAAAGGGGCUGAUCCAAGUGCUCGAAACCUAGAAAAUGAGCAGCCAGUACAUCUUGUAUCUGAUGGACCUGUGGGGGAAGAGAUUAGACGUGUGCUUAAAGGGAAAUCCAUGCAGCAGCGUUUACCAUCUUACUAAACUCCCACAAAAUCCACUUCCAUACUCUCGCCAGUUAGGCGGUCUUUAAUUAUGUAAAUAGAUUUGUCCUAGUGAAGGGCAAAUAAAAGUUGGUUUCUGUGAAAC